ACUCCCGGAGACGAGCAUUAAGUCCGAGGACGAGCUGGACGACGCGGCAGACAUAGAGACGGAGGACAUAGACAUCGAUGUGGUGUCAGACAAGGAGGACUGCGACGUGGACAGCACAAAGGAUCCACUCGACCGGCCAUGCUCCAAGACUCCAGAAUCCACAUCUUCGGACUCGCCCUCCACACACAAGGAGAGCAAAGCGAGCAAGCUGGUGAUGAAGUCAAAGGGCAACUGUCCCGAACUGGAGAGCGUUGACUGCCAUCUGGAGACGAAGGAGCUGUGGGAGAAGUUCUUCGAGCUGGGCACCGAAAUGAUUAUCACCAAGACGGGCCGACGCAUGUUCCCUACCGUCCGCGCCUCCUUCGUCGGCCUCAAGUCUGAACAGAGGUACUCAGUGCUCCUCGACAUUGUACCCGUUGACAAUAAGCGGUACAGGUACGCGUAUCACCGGUCGUCGUGGCUAGUGGCGGGCAAGGCUGACCCGCCGCCGCCUUACCGCCUGUACGCCCACCCCGACUCGCCCUACACCGGGGACCAACUCAAGAAACAGAUCGUGUCCUUCGAGAAAGUCAAGCUCACCAACAACGAGAUGGACAAACACGGCCACAUCGUGCUAAACUCCAUGCAUCGCUACCAGCCGAGGAUCCACCUGGUCCGUCUCAAGGAGGGCUUCUCAGGGCCCAUCAGUGACCUGGACCAAGAGGACUACCGCACCUAUAUCUUCCCGCAGACAGUGUUCACCGCAGUUACCGCCUACCAGAACCAGCUCAUCACCAAACUCAAGAUCGACAGUAAUCCGUUCGCUAAGGGUUUCCGGGACUCCUCGCGCCUCACCGACUUCGAGAGAGACACGAUGGAGUCCAUGCUGGUAGACCCCCGCUAUCUGGGCGCGCCGCUCGGUUACAUGGAGCUGGAUGCCGAGAACAAUAACCUCCUGGAGAAGGCGCGGGCGCAGCUCAUGUGGGACCGUCUUGCCGCCAUUACAGCGCCACCAGGAGCUUCUGGUACCACGCCGCAGGUUGCAGCUGCAGCAGCAGCCGCAGCAGCUGGCCUCUUGCCACAUUCUAUGCCGCAGCUGUAUACCCUCAACCCAUCUCGCGGGAACCCUUCGCCUUCCCCGCUGCCGCUGCCCGCCCACCUGUGGACUCAGUGGACGGCGCUGCAUGGCCUCGGGGCUCCGGGCCCCACGCUGUCCCACCUCACGGCACCCCACACCUCCACUGCCACCCACCUCUCUCACUCGGCACUCUCUGCUGCGCCUUCCUCUUCCUCGCCCUCAGUGUCGCAAGCGGCGGCGGCGGCAGCCCUCACGCGACCGCUCUUCCCAGCGCCGCUCAACCUCCAUCGGUACUCACCCUACUUCCUGCCUAAGACCUCGCCCUCAGAUCCAAGGGAACACGCCCUCCCAGACCACCAGUCCUAGAGACAGUGGCAGUGUCGGUGGCGGGACAGGCGGCUGCUCGAGGGCCGUGGUGACGCGCCAGACCGCAGAACCAAUACAUUACUUCCCCAUCCAGUGCCCGCAGGUGCCUCAGCUCCUGAACACUUUUUAUUUAACCGUAUGUGAUAACCAGACCGAUCUAAAUGUUCCAGCGCGAGUGUGGCCAGCAAGGAGUGAGUUAGUGUAGCACGCCUCCCUCGUGACGUGACUAGCGGGCCUGCAGGAGCUGGUGGCAAGAGACAACACGGUACAACAACACAGACGUACAAAGUUUUUUCUUUACCCACUGAACCACGUCUGCGGCCGCCAGAUGUGUGCCAGUGAACCUUAAAGAGUUCCUUCCUGUCCCUCACGACCACAAGGCACGUACAGAAUGAGAGAGAGAAAAAAGAACAUUGCUUUCCCUGCCUUUCCCCGCCUCCCUUCACACCUGGCGUCCGAGGAGGCCCAGGUGAGCUGCACGGCUGACAAGGAGGGACAGCGGGAGGGAAGGAGCGAGUGCCGUACACGUGAUGGAGUGAGUGAGCGACAAAGAAAACGAUGGAACAAUUUCCUUGUGAUCGUGGACAUGAACGCUGACGCAAGCACUGUGUGAGGCGGAGGGUCGCUUUUCCUUCCUGGAGGACGCUAAGACCCCUGUGUGUGUGUGUGUGUGUGUGUGUGUGUGUGUGUGUGUGUGUGUGUGUGUGUGUGUGUGUGUGUGUGUGUGUGUGUGUGUGUGUGUGUGUGUGUGUGCCGCGAUGUCAGAGGAGAGGCUAAUUUCUCCCAACUCUAGACUCCUUUUUCCCUUCACCUCUCUCGGCGCCCCUUUCCCUGACGAAGGGCAGCCUUACGGUGGACGUAGGGCACCUCAACAACGGUUCCGAGAUAUCCCCACAUGUCGUCUCCUCCUCCUCCUCCUCCGAGACACUGGAAACAAACACCGUAGAGUCCUCUCAUGAUUCCAGGACACUGAACUCAGGGCCAAAGACUGAACUUCUUAGCCUUUGUUGAGAGAGAGAGAGAGAGAGAGAGAGAGAGAGAGAGAGAGAGAGAGAGAGAGAGAGAGAGAGAGAGAGAGAGAGAGAGAGAGAGAGAGAGAGAGAGAGAGAGAGAGAGAGAGAGAGAGAGAGAGAGUUAAACAGCACAAUAUCUCACUCAGUUGUUGUUUUAUCUAUCAUUCUUUCUGUUCUUUGUUAAUAAAAUCUGCUAUCAUC